AUGAAGCUAAAGGUAGCAUGUGUUCAGAUUAAUCCAAAGAUAGGGAACGUUGAGGCCAAUAUCAAGAAGGUCCAACAAAUGUUAAGCAAAUUACAGGGCGUAGAUAUAGUGAUGCUUCCGGAAUUUGCCAUCACUGGAUACAACUUCCCUGACAGAAAGGCAUUAGAGCCAUAUUUAGAGUUAACUACCAGCGGACGCUCUACACAAUUAGCCAAGGAGAUUCUGACCAAGCAUGAGUGCUUCACAUUGAUCGGGUAUCCAGAAAAGGAUAAAGAACGAGACUACAAUAUAUACAAUUCGGCAGUUUUAACUGCCCCAAACGGAAGCGUAUUGUAUAAUUACCGAAAAACGUUUUUAUACGACACCGACGUAGCAUUUGGAUGCCAGGAAAACCCAGACAAGGAAUUUACACCCUUGCGUUUGGUGCUCGAUAAGGAGUACUAUUUGAACAAGCAACCAAACAAGGAAUACCCAGCAGUUACCACAAACUUCGGAAUAUGUAUGGACCUAAAUCCAUACCAAUUCACUGCUCCAUUUAACAAGUUUGAAAUGUCAUUGGCGUGCUUUGCCAAUAAAGCGACUCUUAUCCUCUGUCCUAUGGCCUGGUUAUCUUCGAAGUCCCCGUCCAUUAGCGAAUCAGGCGACAAGACGCACCAAAGCGAAAUGUACGAGCAGAAGUUCUUUUCCCACAAUAAUGUUCCUGCUUAUAAUCUUGAAGCGAUGUCGCGAGAUAACUACUCCAAUCAGCUCGUCGAACAGCACGAACUUCAGGACAAACCGUUUGUUCCCCAAAAUCCGGACUAUUCCACCAUCAACUACUGGAUUUUACGCUUUUUCCCCUUUCUAAAUCACCCCAACAAUCAGCUAGCCAAAUACUACAAAUCCGUCACCGUAGUCGCAUGCAAUCGUGUUGGUAUCGAAUCUGAUGUUCUCUACGGGGGCUCGUCCGCGAUAUUUCAAUUUUCUGAUUCCCCUGGAAAUUACGAAAUUGACAAUCGUAAUCCAAGUGUAGUGGUGAGGGGGUGCUUGGGCCAAGGCGAGGAAGGGGUUUUAAUGCGAGAAAUAGAUAUAGACGUGUCAGCUUCGAGUUAA